AGUCGACGCACGGACGAUAUACCGCAUUGAAUGUACGGUUAUGGAAGGCCGACUUGCUCCCUUUUACCCGUCGUGGGAUCGCGGAGCGAAAGCAGGCGUGCACUGGCUCUGAACAAUUCGCGUUUCACAUGCCCGCCACGUCGUGCCUUCCCUCCCUCCCUAAACCCCCCCAUCGUACCUUCCUUGCACGUCGUCAUGAUUGAGGCCCUCUUCAACCAUGUCGGCCAUCAAAGACAUCCUCGAUGACCCGGCGCCCGAGCCUCCCCCUCAGCAAGCACCCGCAACCAGCCCUCCGCCCACGCGCGGCGAAGAGCCAGCCAGACAAACACCGCCCCCUGCCGACUCCGCGCCCGUCACUGCAGAGGAGCAAACAACACCGCCCAAAGACGCCGUCUACACCUCUACCACCGCCUCCACGCGACGCAAUGCCAGCGGCAGCGUCUCCUCCGUCUACUCGGGAAACAAGAUGAAGCACCUCAAGAAGGAAGACGGCAUCCCGCUGUGGCGAAAAGACAUCCAGUAUGACUUCCUGCAUCUCGUCUUCCACGACGACCACCGCUGCUUCACCAAGUACUCCGACGGCACCACCGGCCAUACCUUUGCCGAAAUCUACAUCGACGCCAUGGCCAAGAGCAGCAAAUGCAGCAAGAUCCUCAAGGAUAAACUUCUGCAGGAUACCGAGGGUCGCAUUGGCAUGGCCAUGGUCUGUCUGCUGGUCAACGUGGGCAGGAUGAACACCACUCUGAACUUCUUCCCGGAAAUGCGUGCCCAGCUUCGAACCUACCACUCCAUUCCCGCGCUCCAAGCACACCAGGAACCGAAUGCAUACAAGCAACUGCAAGAUGCUCCUCGCCUCAAAUCCAUCCUCAAAGGCGCAACCGAGGACGAGCCACAGCCGAGUACCAUCGAAGAGAUCAAAGCCGCCAGCAUCCCCCGCACAAACCCGGUCAACUUGAUCUUCGUCAUGAGCCAAUACGCCCCCAAAAUCAGCGAGGUCCACUUCCAGCCCCCGCGAGACUUCUUCGACCUGGUCAUGAGAUCGACGUUGAGCAGUAAAAGCAGGGCAACAGCCUUCCUGUGGCUCUUGUGGUGGUAUCUCGAGAGCGACUUCACCUACGAAGCCUCGCAAAACAACCCCUUUGGCCCCGGCCAGUUCGGCGAAGGGGAGAAGAAAGAUGCGCAUGUCAUGCCGCUGAAAGUGCCCACGUUGGAGAGUCUGACGGAAGAGCAAGCCGCACUCGAGAACGUGGACACGGAAGAAGAACGAUACUACGGCGAGGUCAAGAAGAAGGAGCGCACCGCCAUUCUCGCAAGCGAGCCGAGCCCAGCAAUGACCGCUGCAAGGCGUCCGAGGAAGGAGAAAGGCCUGGUGUCGUCGGGGGUGGGCCAGGCCCUAGACUCGGAGGAUGAGUUGAGCGAUUCAAUGUGGCGCACCGGGGGUUCGACCUUUUCCUCUGCCCGCAGACAGGCCACUACGCGUCAAGACACCAUUAGCGACUACACUCGCUCUCCCUCCCCGAAUGGAAAUUGGGCGGGCCCAAAACCGCCGGGGGACAUGCGGAUCAACAAUCUGUUGAACAACGAAGACGCCAUGUCCGAAAUGUCACCGCCCGCUGCACCUCCCAAGAAGGGCCCUGGUCGAGGCAACUGGCGGCGCAAUCGACCCAAAGACGCCGGCGCGGUGCGACCACAGGACGAACGAGGACACCCCGUUCCGUUGUUACCAAACCCCAAUCACGCUACCUUCGCUGCAGAGACAUCACGUUCAACCCCGCUCACUACUACUCGGGGCAAUCUGCUUCCAUCCGAUCCGCCCGAUACCCUUGAUGGUGCUCCUGGCCCCACGGCCUCUUACCACAGCCAGAAGCGGUUCCGCGGUCUCACGCAACACCAAUCGGCCAUUAACAGUCACCGUAAACAGCAAGUCGACUACAAUCUCGAUCGUCGCAUUCGCAAACUGCAUGACCGCGCCCGCGACAAGCGAGAAGUUGAAGGUGCUAUCCUCCGAGCGUGGGCACGCGUACGUGUCGUACCUGUCGACUACGAUUCGGAAGAAGAAGCAAUCAGGUCGCGGAAAGUGAGGGACCGUGUAGAUAAGGGUGAGGACGUUGCAUCCUUGCCGAAGGGCAAAGAGAACGUGGAUGGCAUCGAGGACAUCGAAGCCCGCAUGCGGCCGAGGGUGCUGUACGCGGGCUUUGUGCGAGCGCCCGAUGAGGCGAACGAUGUCGGAGAGGAGUUGAGAGGGAUGGCGGGGGCGAUGCGGAAGUGUGGGAGGCGGUUGGAGCGGUGGGAUGAAAAUACGCAACCGGGCCUGGCGAUGCGGGAAUGGGAGCAAGGUCGAGCGUCGCGCGAAUCUCGACGCGCACGGAUCAUGAAGGAGCCGAGUAUGGAGGAGGAUGGGAUGGAGAUUGUGCCGGCCCAUCAAAGUCCACGUGCAAAGAAGGCGAAGGGUAGAGGGGGAAAAGGGAAGGGAGCUGUCAAGCGUGCGGAGCGGCGUGCGGGGCGAAGAUCCAAUCAGCAGAGCAAGCCCGAUCCCAUGGACUUGGAUCAGAUUGACGGAGCGGCGGAGUUGGACGAUGUCGAUCGAGAGCUCCUGGGAGAAGUGGAUGCGGAUGAAAGUGAAACUUAUGAGGAUGAGGUGAUGGGAGAAGACACGUGAUAUUGAGGCCUACCAGGGCCGAGGCUGUAUGAGAGGAU